AUGUCUCUGUUUAAUUUUGGUGUCAUAUCGUGUCAGUCAUGUAAAGCAUUCUUUCGGAGAAAUGCGCUCAAGACUAAGGAAUGGAUACUAAAUGACGAGGAAUUGAAAACAAUGCGGUCAAAAAUCGCCGACAAUAAGGUGAAAAAGCGUAACCGCGAGCUAUACCGGCGGCUAAUGGUGUCUAAGGCGCCGACACCUGCGCCACCACUAGUGGACAGCACAUCCUAUAAGCGCCACAAUCACUACGGCUCGACCGGGGAGUCGCUGAGCGGCGACUCGUCGUCGUUCAGCGACACGUCUAAUGGCAAACACAUGGGCUCCUCAUCGGACAGCUCGGUGUCCGACGACAACAACAACGACGACAAACGCGGCGGCGAUGAGCGACAACUGGUGGCCGCCGUUGACUACGCCAGGGGUCGCCGUCGGACGAAACUCAACGCCCAAAUCGCCACCAUUUACGACACGUAUGGCAACGAAAAGCGUAAUGAGUUUCGCGAGUCGGUCGCGGGUAUUGUCAGACAUGUCGGUGACUAUAAUAAGUCGUUCAAUACGUACGAGUGGGACAAACUCAGCGAGAUGUUUAAGGCUAUCAACUUUAUUCGGGAGGACCCGUUGCCCGCGAGUCCCCGCGUGUCCGAUAUGGUCAAUUUUAAAGUGGCCAUGGUCUAUAAGCUGGAGAAAGAGAUACGUAACUUUAUUAGUGUAGCCCAAAAUGUGGCCGAGUUUGAGUGCCUGUGCGAGAAUGAUCGGAUUGCCCUGGUCAAAUAUGGGUCCGUCGAGAUUAUUUGCAUGCGUUUAAUACAGUUUUAUAAUACAGAGGCCCAGUCCUGGACUAUUAAUAUGGGCACAGAUAAUUGGAUCUUAUCCAAAGUGGACAUGUUCAAACACGAAGCCAUGAAAGUGAUCUUUGGCAAUUGUUUCAAAAAAAUAAGCGAUGAAUGGGAUAGCGAUCCCUAUAUACUUGAUUUGAUGACAAUUAUCCUACUCUUUGAUCCGAACCGUCCGAACCUUUUGCACCGGGAGGUAGUCAAGCUGCAACAGAAUAUAUACAUGCAUUUACUUCAACGAUUCAUCAAGAUUAAUGAAUUUAACUUUCCCAUUGGCAACAGGUGUUUAGCAAAAACUAAGCAAUCUCAUCAUAACGCCUGGUUCAAAAACAAGCAUUGA